AUGGCGCGUAAAGGCCCUGGUACAGAUGGCCCUCUACAGACAGCCCUACUGGAAUCCACGUCCGCAGCCAUGACAAGAGCUUCUGAAGGACAGAAGAUCUUCAGCCCUAUAGCUGCAUUCCUCGAUAAACACCGCAGCCAAACCACCGGCCUGGCCCCUCAUCUACUGAGAGCCCUCACCGCUCUAAGCGAUGACCUCGCCUCAGUAGCCCAACGACAUUUUAGCGCCUAUAUCAGCAGUCUUGAACAGUCGACUUAUGCAACUAUUACCCAAUAUGCCCCGGUCAAAUCAACUCCUACUACUCACUCCAAAGCCCAAGUUAAAAAGCCUAUGCCUCUGGUGAAACAACCCCUUCCUGACAACCAGCUCUUCGUACGCCUCCCAGCUGACCAUGGAGCUAGAAAAAUGGAAGCCUACACUAUCUACUCUAGCCUACAGUCUCAACUAAACUCAAACAGUUCAGCACUAAAAGAAGUUCAAGCUACAAAGACUGGUUUUGCACUAUGUCCCUCAUCUCCAGAAGCCCUCCUAACCCUUAAGGCCCAAAAAGAGAUUAUCUCUGCAUUCUUUGUGAACUACCAGAUAGAACGCAGCUCCCGAUGGGUCUCGAAAGUUGGCCAAAUCUUGGACGGUCAAUACUCUCUAAUCCCUGUCAAUCCUACACUACUAUCCUUAGAAAUCAGUGAAACUACAGGACUCAAGCCUAUAUCUAUCAGCGAGACCGCUACAAGUGCCGCCAACCCUGAUACUCUUUCCUCAAGCUGCUACACCUUUUUAGCACUAUUACUAAUGCUCGUCACCUCUCUAAGAGAACAACAGUUAUCCAAUGCAUACAAUGCUGGAAAUGGCAUAAUGCACAAUCCUGUGCCCGCCCCUCUCAAUGCCGGCUCUGUGGCUCCUUAG